CUCGUUACGUCACUCGUGGGGGUUGUGUUCUACAGUCGCGCUCAGAACCUUCGGUUCCAUUCCUUGUCUGGAGAUUCGAGUAGAGGGAAGCUGGUGGGUCUAGCACCGCUUCUUUUGGAGUUUUUCUUCAGUGUGGAUUUGUGCUUGUCUGUGUUGGAAUUAUGUUGUCUGAUUCAAUACAGACACGCUAUAAAGGUCAUCAGUGAGUCCGGUUGUCUGCCUCCUGGUCUGCAGCAGCUGCCUUUGAAGUAGGUGUGAAUGCUUCAUCUCUCUGGAGAUACCCACCACUUCCCUGACUAGUCUGCCACCUCAGUAUCAGGACCAGGCAACCAGCCAGAAUGGGCAACCAGCUAACAGAGAUCGCCCCCAACACUCCUUUCCUCCCCAACUUCCAGUCUCUGCAUGUGGUCGUCAUCGGCCUGGACUCUGCAGGAAAGACCUCCCUGCUGUACAGACUAAAGCUCCGGGAGUUUGUGGAGACCAUCCCCACAAAGGGCUUCAACACUGAAAGGAUUAAAGUAGCAAUUGGAAGCUCGCGGGCCACCACCACCUUCCAGGUGUGGGACGUUGGCGGUCAAGAGAAGCUGCGGCCCCUGUGGAAGUCAUACACACGUCGCACUGAUGGCCUGGUGUUUGUUGUGGAUGCUGCAGAGGCUGAGCGCAUGGAGGAGGCCAAGGUGGAGCUCCACCGCAUCAGUCGCUCGGCAGAGAACCAGGGAGUACCAAUUCUGGUGCUUGCCAACAAGCAGGACUUGGACUCUGCAGUCUCUGCUGUGGAGGUGGAGAAGGCCUUGGCCCUCCACGAGCUUAGCAACUCCACACUGCACCACACCCAGGGAUGCAGCGCACUGAAUGGCCAGGGGCUCCAACCCGGCCUGGAGAAACUAUAUGAAAUGAUCCUAAAGAGGAAGAAGCUGCUCAGACACAGUAAGAAAAAGAGAUGAGCUGUGCGUCUGAGCUUCCGGAAGGCGCUUCGCCCGCAGAAUGGACCUCGUUGGUGUUCCUUGGAAUUUUAUGGGAAAUUUGUGCCCCGACGGAUCUGCUUCUGGUUUCCUAGUGACGGUCGGUCCAGAGGACUGAGAAAUGGACCUGUUAUACUAUACGUUGGACACAGCACGGACUACGUUUAGCCCUUUACAGUGGCUCUUUUGUUCUAUAAACAUUGCCCUCUCCUUUUUUAUCAAGUUGUGGUGCCGACACGGUCUAGUCCAAAUGUCCAGUGAUGUAUGGUAGUUCUAAUUUAGUUUACCUUGUAGUAGUUCUAAUUUAGUUUACCUUGUAGUUCACUUUGUUUCACGGAGGUGGUUCACCGUUGGAGAAGACGACGCUUUUGUAGAUCAAAAGAGGGACAGUGUUUCAUCCCACUGUUCGGAUGGCAUUGGAACUGAAAUGCCUGCUGGCACGAGGCCUGAGGCUGCUAACCAUGAUGCAAGUCUUCACCACAGUUUUGCUUGUCAUGAUGGACUUAAAUGUGUGAAGUUGUUACAACCAAUAUGUUUUUACAUUCUGUACAUAUUUUUUUGUAAUACUUACAAGUGAAUAAAUUAUUGAAGACACUA